AUGGUCGGCGGCGUGGUUGCGAAAGAGGCGGGCAUCGCAGGACAAGGACUAAUUGGCUAUGGUAUCACCAUGUACCAGCCCCUGUGUGCGUACUCAUGCCGUGUGGCGCUCUCAGCCAGUCCGCUUAACUGCAGCAACGUGAUGGAAGUUCACGGCAUGACCAUGGCUGAUACAUCUCCGGAGUGCUAUGCCAACGACAACGCCUUCCUUACUUCUUUCGCAUGGUGCAUUCACACGAGAUGUACUGAUCUCCCAAUAUGGGAGAUAGAAAAGUAUUGGCAACUUGACGAACCAGGUGUCAAUGUCAACGCCUAUCCUCCGCCUCCGAAGUGGACCUACCAGGAGGCACUCAUCAACGUUAAUGGAACCCCUACAGCCACUGUGGUGUUUGCUAUGCCACUGAAUGAAAAGUCUCUGGUUUCAGAUGCAGACUACCAAGUACAGUACAACACCAUGGGGAUGUUUGAGAAGAUGGAGGUUGCCCACGAGAAAUACGGUCUCAUCCUGAUCGCGCUUGGCGCGGCAGUCCCGAUUUUCUUCUCUUUGCUUCGAUUCAUCCCGUUGCCCAAGUUGCUUAUCUCCAAGAUCCACGCCGUCUUCAUUGACCCACCGUUGUUUGGGCGGAGACACAAGGCUCCUUAUUUUAACCUGCUGAUCAUGCCCACACGUGGUCAGGCGAUACUGAUCUCUUACAUGGUAGCCAUCAACGUCGUCCUCAGUGGUGUUGGCUACGACUCGGCCCAACCAAAUGCCUGGUGGGUCAACGACAGGGACCAGGAGCUCUUGACAUCCUUCAGCAACCGCGUGGGAGUCUUGAGCUUUGCCAAUCUACCGCUGCUCAUCCUCUACGCCGGGAGGAACAACUUCUUGUAUUGGGUUACGGACUGGACCCAGUCCACUUUCAUGCUCUUGCAUCGGUGGACGGCGUAUUUUUGUACUCUCCAGGCCUGCCUUCACUCGGCAGCUUGGCUUCAGAUCUACGUCAGCAUGGGUCAGCAUGAUAUCGAAGCAAAGCUGCCCUAUUGGGUCUGGGGUAUCAUUGGCACGCUGGCCAUGAGUAUACUAUUGCCGGCUUCGGCCAUCCCCUUCCGCGCUAAGCUAUAUGAGCUCUUCUUAGCUGUACACAUCGUACUCGCUGUCUUCGCCGUGGUCGGAUCUUACCUACACAUUGUCUACAGAUUCCAAAACCAGUGGGGCUAUGAGAUCUGGAUGUACAUCUGCUUCGCCGUUUGGGGAUUCGACCGGGUGGCAAGAGUGAUCCGAAUGGCAAGAAAUGGUUUGAUGUGGGCGGACAUCACCAUCAUCGACGAGGAGUACAUGCAGCUGGAUAUCGACGGCGCAUUGGGGAGGGGACAUGCCUACCUCUACUUCCCAUCACUUACAUGGCGACCUUGGGAGAGCCACCCGUUCUCUAUUUUGGCCUCCAGAGUGAAGCCUGCUUCAGCAAAGUCGAUGAACAGUAUCAUGCCCCCUCAGAGUUCGAGCAACUCCUACUCAAAAGAGUCGAGUGUCAUGGAGGUGGCCCCCCUCAAGGAAAAGUCCCGUGUUGGGCUGUCGUUCCUGGUUAGAUCCUUCACUGGGGCAACAGGAAUGCUUCGCUCUCACACUCGGGUACCAGUCUUUGUCGAGGCAGGAUACCUUCCACACCACGACCUCAGCAAAUAUCAGAGACUUGUCUGUAUCAUAGGAGGUGUUGCCAUCACAGCUGUGACUCCAGUAUUGCAGACUUAUCCCGGAACUGCGAAACUGUACUGGUCUUCACGAACUGAAGGGCUUGUUCAGAGUGUCGAUCUAACCGGCGCUGAUGCAAAUGUUUCUAUCGGCAACAGGUUCAGGCUUCAAGCGGUUUUGGAAGAAGAAAUCGGAAAUGCAGAUGGCAGUUUGGCGGUCGUCGUCAGUGGCCCUGCGCCAAUGGUGGAUGAAGCUCGCUGCCUUGUGAGCGAACUUGCACUGCGGGCACCCAUUCCGAUCACCUUUAUCGACGAAACGUACAUAUGGUAA